AGGCCCUGGCAGCGCCCCGGCCUUGCUUGCCCGGUGCCCCCAGGCCGUCAUGGUUCACCAUGGCACUUCUCACAUGCUCCAUGUGCUCCCUGCUCCUGCUGGCAUUGCUGCUGGCAGCGGCUCCGUGCCCGGCUCAGGCUGGGAAGCCCUUUGGACACCGAUGCAGCUCCCCACGGCAGGGGCUGCUGGACUGUCGCCAUGCCGGGCUGACCACUGUGCCCCCGGCCACCAGCACGUGGCCCCUGGACAUGCUGGAUUUCACUGACAACUCUAUUUCGACCUUGGGACCGCAAACGUGGAAGGAAUACCAGUGGACUGAGACCUUAAUCCUCAAGGACAACGAGCUGCAGGCAGUGAAGAGCCGUUCCCUGGAAGGGCUGUUCCUGCUGAAGCACCUGGAUUUAUCUGGCAAUAACAUCAAGUCCAUUGAGGAACAUGCCUUUGAGCCACUGCCUUUUCUGGAACAUCUAAACCUGUCUGGGAAUCAGCUCACCCUGAUCCCCAGUGGUGCUUUCGAGGCCUGGCAUGGGAUGCAGUUUCUGCGGGAGCUGAUCCUAAGCCAUAACCCCCUGACCCUCAUAGCUGACACAGCGUUCUUCAAGCUGCCUUCGAUCAACUAUCUGGACCUGAGUGCAACGCAAGUGUCUGCACAGACACUGCUCCUGCUCCUGCAGACAACAUCCCAUCUGGAGACACUCAAAGUGCCCCGUGCUGUGUCCUGCUGCCUCUGCAAGGAACAUGGCACCAUUGAGACCCCGUGCAGGACCAUCCAGUUCUUCUGUGAGAGCCUGUGUGACACCAGCACUGCCCAGUGUGGUUCUCCAGCCCAGAAACGGGCAGGAAUAACGGGAGCAGCACAGCCUGGACAACUCAGAAGCAGCUCGGUGCUGUACAUCAAACCCAAGGACAUUCCCCCAGCACACCAUGGAUCCGUGACGUUUGCAGUUGCUCGGAAGCAGGCCAGCACCAGCGGUGACCUCAGCAGCCAGGGAGAUUCCCGAGCAGACUCCUAUUCCUCCCAGCACCUCUCCAGCCAGGGAAGGAAAGCCAUCGACGAGCUGCUGGUGAAGCUGCACAACAUUCAGACCAGGGGCUGGACCGGAGACGUGGACAGCAAACCUGAUUUUCUGGCAGAGCAGCUGGCGGCUGAGCUCCAGAGCCAGCAGCCCGAUGCUCAAAGCACCCUGGCUGUGGCAAACACCGUCCCACAGCAGCCAGCGCCCGCCAGGCGCAACGUGCAGAAGUUCCCAGCAGUGGAGGGAAAGCAAACCACAGGCUGGGAGCAAAAGCAGCUCGAGUCAGGCUUGAACUGGCCAAUCUUAAACCACUGGGACGUAGCUGGUGGGUCAAACCCCCCGGAUGACAACGCUGCCUUCGGACAUCACGGUGCAAAGGAAGCAGCAGCUCCCCGGAGGAGCUCUGUCCGGGUGUACCAGCGCAGGCAGAGGGACACCGGCUAUCAGCUGCCAUACAACCCCCUUUUCUACGAGGUGUCUGGUGAUGUGCAGGGAGAGGAAGAGCCCACGCCAGGAGAAAGCGAAGGUCUAGACAGAAAGCCAGAGAAUCUCUUGGACCUGUGGCUCAAGAGCCACCCUGAGGACAGCGCUGAAGAAGAGCGUUCCUCUCUCGGGGAAUCCGGGAAGGAAGGAGAGGCAAGGUCCAGGCUUGCCAAGGAGGCAGGAGGCUCCCAGAGCCCCGGCCGUGCUCCAGCUCCAGCAGAGCUCCCCGAGGCCAGGGUUGAGCAUCCCCUGCACUCCGGGGUGCCGGACGAGGCCCUGCGGACGUUCAUCGCCCGCGUGACAGAAGCCCUGAGCGCAGAGUGCAGCCAGCUCGACCUGCAGCUGCUCUGUGCCAGGAUGGUCUCCGAGGCUGGGCUGCUGGCAAAGAGGCUCAGCCCAAGGCAGGACAGCCAGGGAGUCUCUGCUCUCACACGGCAGUGUCUGCAGCUGGCCUUGGAGAUGGGCAAGGAGUCCGCAGGAAAGGUAGGAGAGCUCCUGGGCACUGCUGCAUGUGCCUCUCUGGGCAAGGGGCAGUGGAAGGAGCGAGCCUCUCUCCCCUCCUGA